AUGAAUGCAUGGGGAAAUGAAGGUGAUGAUGCAAUGGGUCCAAGUGUAUCGCGUCCACCUAGUGUGGCAACAAUAACUCGACAUCCACCUCUUAAAAAUGGAGGUGAACUGAGAGAAACAGGGUAUUUGAUUGGUAUAGGGUCCAGAACGGCAAGGUUUCGUAGAAAACAUAGAAAAAAAUUGUAUUGGUUAAUACUUCUUAUUCUAUUGUUUACUAUCAUAUUUAUGGGAACCAUGCUGGCACUAAUUUACAAAUACAUAUUCAAACCUCCGCCUAAUAUCUGUAUGACGAAGGAAUGCCUGCGCUCAGCUGCCAACCUGGCGCUCUCUAUUGACAAGACGGCACAACCUUGUGAUGAUUUCUACCAGUACAUGUGUGGAAACUGGCCGAAAAAUCAUCCAAGACCUGACGAGUACAUAUCAUACGACUGGUUCUCCGACCAGGAGACGAGAGUUUACGCAGCUGUCAGAGACUUUUUGGAAGCGGAUGAUCCUAAUUUGUACAAGAAACCAAAACCCGUACAGCAGACAAAGAUAAUGUACGAGGCUUGCAUGGAUGUCAAAACGUUAGAAGAGCGUGGAUUAGAACCAGUCAUGAACAUGUUAGACGAAAUAGGACUUCCACAUUUUCCUACAAUCAUUAAUGCCACAGAAUUGGAUAUUUUCCCAGCUGAAGAUCUCAAUAACUACACUUUCGACUGGCUGGAGGCCGUAAUCAAAAUUAAAAAGAAACUCGGAAUGGACGUUCUUAUUGGGUUUGAUAUUUUUUUCGAUUCAAACAACAUUACUAAUGAUAAAAUAUUGAUCGGCGCGCCUGAAGUCACGCAUCCUUUUCCCAGUAUGCAUGGAAACGUUGUAUUUAAAAGAAAUAUAAAACGGAGACAUUCACAUAUUCUAAAGAUAUCAAGGUCACUUGAAUUCAGUACAACAACGAACUUCAACAAAAUUAUGACAUACAAUGAAACUGACGAAACAGAGUCAUAUGAAACACGAGAAUACACAGUGGAUCAAAUCCAGAAUAUUACAGAUUCAGUUCUAGCACUAACUAAUGGUACUGCCAUUCCUAUAUGGAAAAGAUAUUUCGAAGGUAUUUUUACAGUAAAAGAUAAAAAAUUAGAUUUUGAAAAGGAGAAAAUUUCAAUAAAUCAACUCGAUUUAGAAUAUUUAUGCUUAAUGACAGCUUACGUUUCAAAGACUGCGCCAAUUCAUUUAGAGCUCUACAUUUGGAUGAAGGUUAUCGAAGUGCUAGCUGCAGAUACCACACAGACUUUGUACCAGUUGUUCUUAAAGAUUUACCCAACCGACAUAGUGGCAGCACGAAGUUUGCGAUGUGCUAACGCUGUUAAUGAUAUGCUAGGGAUGGCUGUCGCGUAUGCCAUCGCUGAACCAGACUUCAUUAAUGUUGUUAAACCUGAGAUACAAGUAAUGCUAAAGAAUCUGAAAGGCGCUUUAGCCCAAUUAAUAGGAAAAACAAAAUGGAUGGACGACAACACUAAAUUAAAAUCGUACAGAAAAAUAAUAGAAAUGAAAACUCUAAUAGGUUUCCCUGACUGGUUGCUUGAAGAAGGACAACUUGAGUCUUAUUACAAGGGAAUAGAGGUUAAUAAAAAGACACAUUUAGAAAAUAUGAUCAGCAUAGCACAAAUGGAAAUUAAAGCUAAGAUGGAUGAUUAUAGACAACCUCGACCAAAUUUAUGGUACAUUGAUCCUACUGUGGUUAACGCUUACCACGUCUUCGCAACGAAUACAAUAACUGUACCUAUGGUGAUAUUACGGUAUCCAUUUUAUGAUUUGGGUCUAGAUUCUUUAAACUAUGGUUCGUUGGGGACAAUCAUUGGACACGAAAUAACUCAUGGCUUUGAUAACUUAGGUCGACUUUACGAUAAAGAUGGAUAUUCAAAGAACUGGUGGUCAAACGAAACAGUGGAUUCCUAUCAGAAUAUGACGGAGUGUUUAGUCAAACAAUACUCAUCAUUUAAAAUACCUGAAUUGGAUAAAAAUGUAAACGGUCAUAAAACUCUGGGUGAGAAUAUAGCUGACAACGGCGCUAUAAGACAAGCAUUCGCAGCUUUCGAACGCCAUCUGCGUCGUACCGGACCUGAGGCGAAGCUCCCUGGCUUUGAAGAGUAUAGUCCACAGCAAAUGUUCUUUAUGUCUUAUGGAAAUCUAUGGUGUGGUGUCUCAACAAACAAUUCCUUAAAGGCGAGUCUAGAAGACGAGCAUUCUCCGCUGAAGUUCAGGGUAAAAGGGAGCCUGCAGAACAUCGAACAGUUUUCUCGAACCUGGAACUGUCCACCCGAGUCACCUAUGAAUCCUACGAAGAAAUGUGUCAUCUUCUAAAGAACGUGCAUAACAUUCAAGUUGCAGAAAUUAAGAUGCUGAGAUAGAUGUGUGACGUAACCAGACUCGAUAAGAUCCACAGCGAGAACGUGCGAGGCAGCCACGGUGUUCCCGACAUCGCUGACAUGACGCGAGAGGGUAGGCUGCGAUAGUAUCGUCACGUAAUAA